AUGGUAGGUAAGAAGAACAUUAAUAAACACAACCUCAAGCAUAAACCGCUGCGGUGAUGUUGAACCCCGGGAUUAUAACAUGUUGCGCGAGGUAUACAUUAUUCCGUCGCGUCUCACGGGCUGUCUCCUGCCUGUCUGUGUUGCCAUUGUUGAGCUGUUUCACUUGACUUAUUUACCAGGGAAAGGAAAGGAAGGUCAGUUGGUGGUAUUUUGAGACCUAGAACUGCAUUCUUCCAGCGCGCAGCUAGCUGGCUACGACUCCCUUUUUGGUAGUCUGGAAAUGCGAGCCAGUCAGACGCUCCAUGUUGAGAAGUUGGUCGUGGUUGACGGCGGUGGCCAAGCCGGACCAGUUAGCGAGCAGGACGGAUACUGUUUUCUCGCACACCCGUGAAAUAUCCUAUGGACGCCCGAUCUGUUGAUGCAUGUUUUUGUUGAUUACGUUUCCGUCCGAGGUAGUUGUCGCUUUUCACUCACACUCUCAACAGAGUAGUUAUAGCCGACCUAAAAUCCACUCUAUUGUGAAGGAAGUUCACCGUGGAGUUUAGUCAGCUAAGUAGUUAUCAGUCUAGAGUUAUCGGACACUCGGUGAUCAUGGGGUAGCAUCGUUUACAGUUGUUGACUGUCUAUUAAAAUAGAUGCAUGUCUCGAAGUUAUGGAAAUAUGCCUAACUUUUAACACGCAAGCAGGACUGCAUUACAUGUUUAAUUGUGCAUACACUCAGUUUGAAAUGAGCACACCUGGUCACUUCUUCAUUACACAAUCUGCUUAGUGCUUACUCUGCAAAGUUGGAAAUAACCCCUGUAUAUCUGGCAGUAGCAUGGUGUGUUUGGGACCAUGGGACGCCCUGGAACAGUUGAACAGUGAGGUCCCGUUGAUGGCAUCCCACUACUCGUGUUACAUUACAUUCCACCAGACUCCCCAUAUACUGGGGGCCUUCUGGGGUGCACAUGCUCCGAGCUUACCCAACGUUCUCCACUCUCAGAAUAGUUCUAGGUCUGCCUUGCUUGUUGACUGGACGCCCAAAGUAUUGCCCACAGCUUGUUUGCUUGUCUGUCUACUGCUAUCUGUUUGUCGACUUGUAUCUCAUCAUCAUACGAAGUGAGUGUCUCUGUCUGUCUGUCUGUGACCAUCUACCCUUGUGUCCGGUGUCCACAUGACUUCGGCCUGAAUGUCUGUGGAUGUGUGUGUGUCCCUGUGUAUCCUGGUGUGCGUCUCAGUGUGUGUGUGCGUCCUGCUGUCGGUGCUGCCCGGUCUCUCGGUGUCUGACAGCCCGUGUCCUGUCUCCGUGCAGCAUAAGCUGAAGUCUUCGCAGAGGGACAAGGUCCGGCAGUUCAUGUCCUUCACGCAGGCUGGGGAGAAGACUGCCGCUUACUGCCUGACCCAGAAUGACUGGAAACUAGAGGUGGCCACAGACAACUACUUCCAGAACCCAGACCUCUACUACAAGGAAUCAAUGAAAACUCCUGUGGAGAAGAAGAAGCUGGAACAGCUCUACAACCGCUACAAAGGCAAGUGGGGGAAGUUAUGGAGGAAUACAGCACGUAGAGCUUGUGUGUCAAAGGUUAUGUGUGUGUUAUAGGUUAGUAAGUGUGUGUGUAGUAUGUAUUUGUGGAGUUAUGCAUUGUAUUGGUUAUCUUGUUCACGAGAAGAGGAAAUUUGUGUUUGAGAGUCUCUCAAAUCCCUAAGAUAGUGUGUGUGUGUUUGUAUACAGUUGAAGUCGGAAGUUUACAUACACUUAGGUUGGAGUCAUUAAAACUCGUUUUUCAACCACUCCACAAAUUUCUUGUUAACAAACUAUAGUUUUGGCAAGUCGGUUAGGACAUCUACUUUGUGCAUGACACAAGUCAUUUUUCCAACAAUUGUUUACAGACAGAUUAUUUCACUUAUAAUUCACUGUAUCACAAUUCCAGUGGGUCAGAAUUUUACAUACACUAAGUUGACUGUGCCUUUUAAACAGCUUGGAAAAUUCCAGAAAAUGAUGUCAUGGCUUUAGAAGCUUCUGAUAGGCUAAUUGACAUGAUUUGAGUCAAUUGGAGGUGUACCUAUGGAUGUAUUUCAAGGCCUACCUUCAAACACAGUGCCUCUGCUUGACAUCAUGGGAAAAUCAAAAGAAAUCAGACAAGACCUCAGAAAAAAAAAUUGUAGACCUCCACAAGUCUGGUUCAUCCUUGGGAGCAAUUUCCAAACGCCUGAAGGUACCACGUUCCUCUGUACAAACAAUAGUACGCAAGUAUAAACACCAUGGGACCACGCAGCCGUCAUACCGCUCAGGAAGGAGACGCGUUCUAUCUCCUAGAGAUGAACGUACUUUUGUAGCGAAAAGUGCAAAUCAAUCCCAGAACAACAGCAAAGGACCUUGUGAAGAUGCUGGAGGAAACGGGUACAAAAGUAUCUAUAUCCACAGUAAAACGAGUCCUAUAUCGACAUAACCUGAAAGGCCGCUCAGCAAGGAAGAAGCCACUACUCCAAAACCGCCAUAAAAAAGCCAGACUACGGUUUGCAACUGCACAUGGGGACAAAGAUCAUACUUUUUGGAGAAAUGUCCUCUGGUCUGAUGAAACAAAAAUAGAACUGUUUGGCCAUAAUGACCAUCGUUAUGUUUGGAGGAAAAAGGGAUGUUCAAGCUUGGUCACAAAUGGGUCUUCCAAAUGGACAAUGACCCCAAGCAUACUUCCAACGCUGUGGCAAAAUGGCUUAAGGACAACAAAGUCAAGGUAUUGGAGUGGCCAUAACAAAGCCCUGACCUGAAUCCUAUAGAAAGUUUGUGGGCAGAACUGAAAAAGCGUGUGCGAGCAAGGAGGCCUACAAACCUGACUCAGUUACACCAGCUGUCAGGUGGAAUGGGCCACAAUUCAACCAAUUUAUUGUGGAAGGCUACCUGAAACGUUUGACCCAAGUUAAACAAUUUAAAGGCAAUGAUACCAAAUACUAAUUGAGUGUAUGUAAACUUCUGACCCACUGGGAAUGUGAUGAAAGAAAUUAAAGCUGAAAUUAAUCAUUCUCUCUACUAUUAUUCUGACAUUUCACAUUCUUAAAAUAAAGUGGUGAUCCUAACUGACCUAAGACAGGGAAUUCUUACUAGGAUUAAAUGUAAAGAAUUGUGAAAAACUGAGUUUAGAUGUAUUUGGCUAAGGUGUAUGUAAACUUCAGACUUCAACUGUAUACCUGUCAUUCCACAGAUCCCCAGGAUGAGAAUAAGAUUGGCAUCGAUGGCAUCCAGCAGUUCUGUGACGACCUCACCCUGGACCCGGCCAGCAUCAGUGUCUUGGUGGUGGCGUGGAAGUUCCGGGCCGCCACCCAGUGCGAGUUCAGCAAGAAGGAGUUCCUGGAUGGCAUGUCCGAACUGGGGUGAGCGAGUGGUGAAGUCAUCACUCUGCGACAUAGCUCCGUUUGGUGGCAUGACAGUGUGUUAUUGGUUAUUGCCAGUGCAUGUUAUUGUGGUGUUUGUUGUUAGUGUGUUCACAUGGUGGGGAGAGGUUCUAUAUUUAGACUCAGUCAACCUUGGCAUUAAUACUGUGUGUCUUCAUGUUUUGUGUGAAGCCAAGCCAGCGUAGGUUAGCUCUGGGUCUUAUUUAGUAGGCACAGAACAGGAACAUGUUUUUAAAUGGAAAUUGAAAAUAAGUGUUCUUAUUUUAUCCUGUUUUGUGCCUACUGAACACGGCCCUGGGGAACCCAAAAGAUCGGUAGCAGAUCAUAGCAAAAGAACAGUUUAGGAACCACUGGAUUAGUGAGGUGUGUGUUUAUGUAAUUGUUUUGUGUUUUUGAUUGAUUUAUCCACUUACUUGCCCACUGUAUUUAUCUUCUGUCCAGUUGCGACAGCCCAGAGAAGUUGAAGGCUCUUCUUCCCAGGUUAGAACAGGAGCUUAAAGACAGCGGCAAGUUCAAGGACUUCUACCAGUUCACAUUCAACUUCGCCAAGAACCCUGGACAGAAGGGUUUAGGUAAGCGCAGAUGAAAGUUAGUUACAUUAGUGUUCACAAGAGUUACUGUAGUUACAUUAGUGUUCACAAGAGUUACUGUAGUUACAUCAGUGUUUCUCAACUCCAGUCCUGAGGACACUGAGGGUCUGCAGGCUUUUGUUUCAACCCAGUGUGAACACAUCUGAUUAAACUAUAGUGAGAUAACAAGGUGUGACUCUGGCUGUGUUUCAGAUCUAGAGAUGGCUGUGGCCUACUGGAACCUGGUACUGACAGGCCGCUUUAAGUUCCUGGACCUCUGGAACAGGUUCUUAUUGGUGAGUGAGUAAUGUUAUGCAUCCCAAUCUAACAUUACAUUUUGAGCUGGACUCCUUGUUUUGUUAUGUACAUCCUGUGUCUUGUUUUCUGCUGUGCACUUUUCCCACUUUCGUUUUCUCAUGUUUUUUAUAGGAACACCACAAACGGUCAAUUCCCAAAGACACAUGGAACCUACUCUUGGAUUUUGGCAACAUAAUCGCAGACGACAUGUCAAAUUACGACGAGGAGGGUGAGUUUAAAACCUCUGGUUACCUGGAGUGUAUUCAAUAGGGUAUAGAGUAGUCAUGGUUCAUUGCUGUCUGCAAAAGUGCAAUACACUGAAUGUUGCUCUCAACUGAAUAUACACAAUGACAGACUGCAGUAGUCAUCAAACCUGGUCCUGGAAAGCUACUGAGUGAGCAGGCUUUUGUUCCAGCUCAGCACCAACACACCUGAUUCAGCUAAUCAAGUUUGUGAUGAGCCGUAAAUUAGUUGAAUCAGGUGAUUCAGUACUGGGCCGAAACAAAAGCCUGUAGACCCUGCAGCUCUCCUGGACCAAGUUUGGUGACCAGAGACCACUGCUCUAGAUGAGACACUGAUUUAAGGUUAGUUUUGUGUUUUCCCCCAAUGCCUACAGUUAGGAUGUAGAGAGUCAGCUGUUUUGAGAUCUGUGCUAAGGGCAACUUCUACCUGGAGCAAGGGAUGGAUUAAGACAGUCAAUAAAGUGACCGCUAAUCAUACGUCUCCUUCCUGUCAGGGGCGUGGCCAGUUCUCAUAGACGACUUUGUGGAAUUCGCCCGGCCGAUCGUAACGGGAUCCAAACGCAAAACCCACUAUUAACAACCCAGCUCUUGAAAGAGGGGCAGAACUUUGGUUCCUCUUCAUUGACUUUGUAGGAAUUUUUUUAUAGACUUUUUAAGAGGAAACCAGAGAAACACUUGAAACCGUGACACCGCACAACUAUCAGGUAACCCAGCUAUGAGGGAUGAGUGAGAGGAAAACACAGGAAGCAAGGCUUUAUUUCUGUACUUGUUUGAUGGGAGUCACCACGUGCACAUUACCAGCUGGCAGUACAUGUCCCAGCCUGAGGGCCAGCCGGGAAGAGGCCUUGGGGAUAUCAGUGUUCCAGGCAACGCUCCCUUUGGAAUCUCAGUAUUCCAGUGAAGAGGAGAAAAGGAGAGUUGCCUCCCCUGGCACGCUCUCUCUCUUGCUCUCUCUAUCUGCUCUCUCAGCUCUGGGAAUUCGGAUUGAACAUUUUUUGUGUGUUUUUGGGGUUGAUCCUUGUUAGUUAGCUUUGUGUGGCACGCAGGGCUCUGAGGGGACUGUUCAGAACAGGCCUUGUUUCUAACCCAAACACUUUGGGAAGACAGAGCGGCUUGCAACGUUUGCUCACGACACCAGCGUCAACAAAACUGUUACAGUUAUAUACUGUAUAUAUUAUACUGUGUCUUUUAAAACAGUAUGUACAGAGAAUUAUAUGAAGAAUAAUAUAAAUAAGUUACAUUUAUAAUUAUAAGAGUUUAAACUUUUUGUGUAAAUUAAAAAGAUCUGGUAUAUGAUGCCUCAAUAAGAUUUGAUAGAAUUGUAGGUCUGGUGUGUACCAAGUCGUCAUUUUAUUUGACAGUUUGGGUUCGAAAAUGGCAACAUUCUGUGUUUUUAGAAUCUUUUUUUGGUUCACUUUUAUAUUUGUUUAAACAAAUACAUUUCAGCCAUUGAAGUAAAUAGACCAUGCUUCCUCUAAAUGGUUGUCCCAUUCAACAUGUAUAUUAGGGAAGGGCUGUUCAUUCUGGCACGCAAGGACUGAAAUUCUGUUCUUGUUGGAGGUUUGGAUAAAUAAAAAUGAAAUGCUGUGUCUGCUGGCCAAUUAAUGACACUAAUUGAUCAAUUAAGUGUAAGGCACAAAAGACAAGCAGGACUGUGGACCUCAGUGACUGUAAAUUGUGCACUUCUGCAUUAUGUAAUUUCAACACCCCAAAAACAACCACCAAGCAGUCACUAGGGGGCACUGUUUGUCACGCAUGUGUGCGUGCGAGAGGAAGUGCUUUGGACAGGGCUUACAUGUGUUGAAAAGGACCCUGCCGCCCAUCCAUUUAGUAUUAAAGCCUUUGUGACAAGCAUUAUUUACACUAUUUGUCAUUCAAUAAUCAUACAGAUAUUGUUAGUUUGGAAAGGAAUAUUGAAUAAAGCAUGUUUUUAUCAGAAGUGAAUGGGCUGUUCUGCUGUAAUGUGAUGAUUGUCUCAUGUUUUAAUUGUGUCUCUAUUGCUAUUUGCAACAUUUUUGAAUGUUUCACCCUACUGAACACAUCUCUUCUGAUCCACCCCAGCGGACUCAAGCUACACACACACAGCAUCAUGAGUAUUCAAGACCCUGUCCAAUUAGCUGUUGCCCUCUCCCUCCAAUACUGUCUUCCUCCUCCACAAGCACCUGAGC